UAGAACAGACCUGAUGCACAAUUCUCAGAGCUAGCCAGGUAGAAGCGCAGGGGACACAAGCCCUGCAAUGGAACACAGAUUGACCUGUUGCUUCGGGAAGCGCACCCACGUGGAAUGUCUCCCUGCUUUCUGGUAAGCUUUCUCUGGUGUCCCCACAUUCCAACAGCAGCAAUGGACGAAGGCAGGGUAUUUUUCAGAAAUGACAGCUACGUCUGUAAUGACAGUACAGGGGUGGACCUGGGAAACGAAAAGGAAGGGGGCCCCGAGGUGAUCAUUGUGCCCGUGAUUUUUGGAUUCAUAUUUCUGCUGGGCAUCAUUGGGAACACUUUGGUCAUGAUAGUCAUUGGAAGAAUCAAGUCCAGGAGGUCGAGGAGCAUAACCAACAUUUUUAUCGUCAAUUUGAGUAUAGCGGACUUGUCCUUUCUGCUCUUCUGCGUCCCGUUCCAAGCCACGAUUUAUUCCUUGCCGGAGUGGGUAUUUGGGGCUUUCUUCUGCAAGUUCGUGCAUUACUUUGUGAUGGUGAGCAUGCUGGUGAGCAUCUUCACCCUGGUCGCCAUGUCCAUUGACAGGUACAUCGCUGUGGUGCAUUCCAAGAGGUCCCCCUGCAUCCGCAACAAGAAGAACGCCUUUAUUGGGGUCACCACUAUCUGGGUGCUGUCGUUUGUAUUCGCCAUCCCAGUCGCCCAACACCAGACUCUUACUAGCCACCGAGAAGCCCCCAACAGCUCGUUCUGCUGGGAGGAAUGGGCUGACACGACAACCAAACAAGCCUACAAAGUGACCAUCUUGAUAAUCGGAUACCUGCUGCCUUUGGUGUUAAUAACGUGGUGCUAUGCCAAGGUUUUGUAUCACCUUCAUAAAAAAGUGAAAAAUAUGUCCAGGAAAUCAAAGAGAUCUAAGAGAAAGACCGCACAGACGGUGCUGCUGGUGGUGGCCGUGUUCCUGAUCUGCUGGAUGCCACACCACAUCAUCGCCAUGUGGGCCGAGUUCGGGGCGUUCCCCCUCAACGACGCCUCCUUCGCUUUCCGCAUCAUCUCCCACUGCCUGGCCUACGGCAACUCCUGCAUCAACCCUAUCCUCUACGCCUUCCUCUCGGAGAACUUCCGCAAGGCCUGUCAGCAGGUCUUCACCUGCAAGUUCCUCUUUCCCCCACCGCCCGAGGAGAAAGUGGUGAGGAUCCGAAUGGAGAACUUCUCCGCCACGCACUCCACAACCAAUGUUUAAACCAAAAUACAAAACAAAACCAGCAGACUGUAAAUAGACUCAACGAAAGUCCUUGAAAGUGAACUUUUCUUACGAAUGUAUUUAUUAAGGAGAGCACGGAUAGCACUGCUCUCUUUUUACUCUUUGAGGGCCUGCGUGUGAGCACGUUGGACGAGACUGCAGACAGGCAACAUGACUGUGUCAGCUCCCAGGGUUCAGACAUUAAGCCAUAGGAUGUGGAAAAACAAGACGUCUUGCCUUCUGGUUUUGAUUUUUGAACUCAACCCGCUAGACUGUAUUCCUUCGUUCCAGCCGUUCUUAUCUGUGCCAGACUAAGAGGCAACGGAAACACAAACGCAGCUACAACAGCCUGCAAUUGGAAGAAUGGUACAGUGCUCCCCCUGUAGUCAGGAGCCGUAGUUGCAUGACCUUUUUAUUUGUGUUCCGCCUUAUAGCAAGAAUGAAAGUUGCCAGUGGAAUGACAUUAUGGUUCAAAUGGACAAAGCCAUAGCCAAGCCACUUUAAAACUGGUUUUGAGGUAUAAAGGACCUCCUUAUAAAGGAGGAGCAUUGUACAACUGUGGUAACAUCGUCAGAAUUUGACACACCCAUGCUAUUGCAGGGGUACAACCCACCCGCACACACUGGUAGCCCAUCUGCUAGGCAUACCACGGUAAACUUUAUAAGAGAAAAAGUUUGGUAAAUAGCACCGAUUCUAGGCAUAGUGAACAAGCUUGAGUGUACAUGGAGAACGUUCAGUACAAUAGUAAUUGCUUCAUCAUAACAUGCUCCAGAUCAUAUUCAAUUAUGCCUAUUAUUUUUGCAGAUGCCUGUGUGUGGUCGACAGAUUUGACACACUGGUGGUAAAAUCUGAAAAAAAAUAUAUAUAUAACAAUCCACAGAGAGAGGAAAAAAACCUGCAGCACUCAUCCAAUUUGUUUUUUGUUCCAUUGCCAGAACAGAACAGUGAAGAUGGAAUUAGUGUGUUGAGUGAGACACACAUCCCUCAGAACAGAUCUGACAUACUGAUAGAGAAAAACCAGGCUGCUGUCCUUGGAGGUUGGCUAUGUGAAAGGCUCAAGGCAGAUUGUCUUUUUUGUCUUUAUGUAGCAAACCCAACAAAGAUUUGUGCAUUUCUAGUGUGCAGUGCCAUUGAAAUGCAACUUUCUAAUUACAAUGUCCAGGACCCUUAGUGCUUAAAACCAUGAACCCUUUGUUGGCUUUGUAUUGUAGUCUAUGGGUGUUCACAGAGCUGCAUGGCAAUGUUUUAGUGCUAUAAUUCUCGUUUACCAUGCCAUUAAAAAGCACACCUACUGUAUUACCACAGGUCUGUUAUGCUUUGUUUUUCCUAUUAAAUUGUAUCGCUCAGUCUGCAUCUUGAAGUGUAAAUGUUUGUAUCGCAAUAUUUUAAGUGAUUUUGUAAUAAACAAU